AUGUCCAUCGAAAACACAUACUGGAAGAAUGUCCUCACGGUUGUGCCUAUCGUGGGCGCGGCUCUUGCAACUCUGACAUAUAUCCUGCGAUUGGUAUCAUGUCGCAUCUCCACCGUAGGACUGAGGCUGGAGGACCUCUUGAUGGGUAUUGGUUUGAUUCUAUCCUAUUGUGCCACUGCUUUUGUCAUCUAUACGGCCUUCAAUGGCGUGGGUGUCCGAACGAGUCUUCUGCCACCCGAUGAGCGACAUCGCAUUCAAUUUGGCUCGUGGAUGAUCCAGAAAUUCUGGGCCCCGUCCAUGGCGUUUGUCAAAAUCUCCAUCAUCGUGUUCCUUCAACGCAUUCUCGGUACGGUCCCAGCCUUUCGCCUAGUCUCCAACUGCAUCAUCGUGUUCAUCGCGCUGUGGGCCCUGGUGGCUCUGCUCGUCAACGUCUUCCAGUGCCAUCCCGUUCAGUUCUACUAUGAUAAAACGUUGAAAGGCGGCCAUUGUAUGCCCGGCCAAACCAAAUUCUUUCAAGCUAUGGGAAGCAUUGCCCUGGUGGAGGACGUGACGAUCUUAUUGAUGCCGGUCCCGAUAGUCUGGCGGCUGAAAAUCACCCUGCGUCAAAAGAUUGCGGUGACCAUUGUGUUUUCGCUAGGAGGAUUGGUCUGCAUUUUCAGUCUGAUGCGACUCAUUGAAUUCCGCAACUUCGUUGUGACAGAUCUAGCCUCAUCCAGCGCGAAAGAGUCAAUCUGGACGGUUCUCGAACUUGACGUCGCCAUCAUCUGCGGGUGUCUUCCUCUUCUGAAGCCCCUCCUGGCCGGAUUUCUCGGCACCGUCAAGAGUAUCUCGAAAGGACAGUCGAACUCCGGCACGAAGCUAUAUUUUCACACGAGCGGCACGCACCACCACGAUGGAUUCCACAAGAUCAACGAUCCCCACGGUGCCACUGCCAGCCAAAGCCGGGACGUGGUGACGCAGUCUUCUACACGGCGGGGGAGCUCGGAGAUUGAAUUGCACGGGAUCGAAGUACAUACGGCGAUUGAGAGUCGGUCGGAGAUUGCUGAUAAUCCUCAUACGGUGGACAGCGGGAGAUGGCCGUUAACUGUCAAUCAUAUAAAAUGA